AUGCCACCAAGGCUAGGAUCCUCUUUUAUGGAAGCUACACGGUGUCCAUUCCUGUUAAAAAUGCUGUUGAGGGAGUUGAUACGUUUAAGAAAGAAAACUGUGAUCUUAUUAUUGUUGACACCAGUGGUCGCUAUAAACCAUAAGCUACCUACCCUCUUUGAAGAAAUGUGCCAAGUUGCUGAAGCAACGUGUUGCCGCAGAGUUUACUACUUGGGUGUUGAGGUAUGA